AAAGAGGUGAGGUUUGUGUCUUGAUUUUGUGAACAUCAUCAGUUUAUCUCUGAAUAAUAUCAAACUAGCGCUUUGGAUAUAUUUCUUAUGGACCUCGUUGGAAAGAUUAUUAUUCCAACUUUCAGGAAAUUACAAGUGUUUUCUACCAUCAAUCUGAUGAGAACCUUAACCCAGCCAUGGCCUGCACUCUUACAUAACAGGUGGACAUUUCAGAAGCAACAGCCAUGGAUUAUUUCAUAAGGGUGACGUAGCAAGCUGGCAUCAUGUCUUCAUAUAACGAUUAUUCUCACAAUUAUUCGGAUUUCGAGCUCCUCCAACGUGCUCACAAGGAGCGAGCAGAGAUCGUAGCCCGCUAUGACAAGGGAAGAAAGCCAAGAAAGGGCCGGGAAGAAGGUGCCGAGAUUGACCCCUGGGAGGAUCCCACAUUCGAGGUGUAUCAUGUCACAGACCGAUAUGGAUUCAUACAUGAGCACACCUUACCAAAAACAUCAGAAGCUCAAGAAGGCAAGAUGAAAUCCAUCUUGAACGUUCGAACUCAGAAAUGGCUGAAGAUGUUGAAAUCAUGGAGGAAGUAUUACAAGAGUGAAAAGGUGGUGGUAGACCAAAGCAGUAAGUUGGUUCGUCGCAUCUAUAAGGGAAUCCCAGAUGCUCUCCGGGGGGAUGUGUGGGCAAGACUUCUCAAUAUCAACCGUACCAAGGAGGAGCAACCAGGCAUUUACCAGAAAAUGCGAGAGCGAGCUCGGAACUACUCGCCUGAUAUUCGCCAGAUUGAUUUAGAUGUCAACAGAACAUAUAGGAAUCACAUCAUGUUUAGAGAGAGAUAUAAUGUGAAGCAACAGGCCCUUUUCCACGUACUAGCAGCGUACUCGAUGUACAACACUGAGGUUGGUUACUGUCAGGGCAUGAGUCAGAUUGCAGCCCUUCUUCUCAUGUAUCUCAAUGAAGAGGAUGCAUUCUGGGCGUUAUCAGCGCUACUCACCAACAACAAACAUGGCAAACAUGGCUUCUUCAUCGCCGGCUUCCCCAAGUUGAUGCGCUUCCAAGAACACCAUGAUCGAAUACUCAAGAAGUUUCUGCCAAAAGUUAAGAAGCACCUGAAUAGGAAUGAGAUUCCUGCCAGUCUGUACACAAUCAAGUGGUUCCUGCAGUGCUUUCUUGACCGGGUGCCUUUCCCUCUCGCCCUGCGUCUCUGGGACAUCUACAUGUUGGAGGGAGAGAGACUUCUCACCUGUAUGUCAUACACAAUGCUCAAGAUACACAGAAGAAAACUUCUGAAGAUGCCAAUGGAGGAACUGGUUCACUUUAUGCAAGGCAUGCUGGAGCGGGACUUUGGCUACGACAACGACACUGUGAUAGAACACCUCCAACUGGCCAUGGAAGAGCUGCGUAAAGCCAAGAUGGACGUACCUCCAAAACCAAAGGUCAACAACGAGGUCCCAACGCGACCAUUUGGAGUCAUGGUCACACCAACCAUUGAUCAACUCUUUGACAGGGAUAAUCCUAUGGAUUUAGCGGAUAAUCCACCUCCGAAGGAUUUCAGUGAAGUAGAUAGUAUUUCCACAAUGACUGACUCUCGCUUUUCACUCGCUGAAACGGUUGAUACGAUAGAUCGGACUCACGCUAGAUCAGAAACUGAGUCUAUAGACGGCGACUAUUCUUUAUACACUGACGGCUCGAUGGCGUCUGGUUUAGACUAUGGAACAUAUGACCGGGCGACUCCUAGUGCACUUUAUGCUGGAUUACGAACUCCCACAUCACCGUCAUCUGAUCAAUAUUAUAAGGAUUACUAUGAAAAGGACAUGCGGUCCAAUACGCCUCAGUCAAAUGGGGCACAGGAACUUGCAUUCUUUAAGGAUUUGGAUGGCACCGGUAUGUCUGGUGAUCUGACACUACGACGCCAGACCAAGCGUACUCGCUCAGCUGAGCCAAUAGUUGAUAUGGAUAAAACACCAACAUCUCCAAUAUCAGACUACGAUAAUCUCAACUCGGGACUCUAUGAGCAAAACAUGGAAAGUUCACUAGAAAAUCUCCAAAGUGGAGGUCAUCGAAAACGUGUGGAAGUUGUUUCUUAUGGUCCUGAGAAUCUUUUAAAUGGUGCGUUGAAAGUUGAUACAAACAAUGGCGAUGUCUCUGAUCAGAAUCUGAGUUUAACGCCGACGCAGAAUGGUUUCCAGGCGAACCAGUCGGGUAGGGCUCACCUCCGGCAGCAUGCAGAACAGAUGCUGGCGACUCCUAGUGAUAGAACUGUGGACCCUAACCGAAGGUGUGCAUCUGAGGAGCGCAGUAUCGAGCCUAUUGUGCCCUCGGCUUACCGCAGGUCGGGAAGCCUGUCUCCUGAACGUGGUGACCUUACACUUGUGAACAUGUCAACAGAUGGCAGCCCUGUGGUGAACGCCAGUAUAGGACGUGUGUCACCUGACAAAGGAAUAUCGCGUCUUAGCACUUCUCUUGAAGUUGAAGCACCACUGGUGUUAGAAUCACCUAAAUGUCAAGUUCCCGUUCAGUCCAGUAUAAGCUGGGUUAGUCAUUCACCCGACUCACCAGAUGGCACUGUGCCUCCACUUGACAUGAAUAACUGUCGUGCACCACCCGAAAGGUAUCCCAAAGUUUAUGGAAGUGCAAUAGAGGAGAAGGUGGUUUCUCCUAGAAGUAGUGUGUCACCAGAAAAAGUGGUUCAGAUUCGAGCUAGUGUGUCACCUGAAAAAGGGAUUCAGAAUCGAGCUAGUGUGUCACCAGUAAAAGUGGUUCCGAAUCGAGCUAGUGUGUCACCUGAAAGAGUAGUCUUGCCGCGCAGUAGUGUGUCACCGGAGAAAGUUGUGCAGAAUCGAGCUAGUGUGUCACCUGAAAAAGUGGUUCCAAAUCGAGCUAGUGUGUCACCUGAAAGAGUAGUCUUGCCGCGCAGUAGUGUGUCGCCGGAGAAAGUUGUGCAAAAUCGAGCUAGUGUGUCACCUGAAAGAGCAGUCUUGCCGCGCAGUAGUGUGUCACCGGAGAAAGUUGUGCAGAAUCGAGCUAGUGUGUCACCUGAAAAACAAUCGUACCAUUCAGGAGUGGCAAACACUCUCCCUGGGUCAGAAAGAACAAGCAUGUCUCCCGAGAGAGUCAGUCUGCAGUCAAAUAUAUCUAACACCUCCACAGAGAGGCAAGGAAAGAUGAGAAUUAGUGUUUCAUCUGAUAAUUGGAGUGGGGCUUCCCCAAGUAGGCAGGGGGUGGUGAUCUCAAGAGACAGUGUGACACCAGAUAGACCGGCCACUUUCAGUACGUUCGGUCGACCUUCUUCACCAGAGAAACAAGUCAGUUCUCCGGUGAAACAUGUCAGUCCCGAGAAACAGUUCACAAACUCACCUCAGCCGAGUGCUUUACUGCAGAAGAGGUUAGAAUCACCACAAAGGACCAUCUUGCCCCCCGGCUACGCAAGUACUCCACGUGCGACCCCUGAGAAAUACAUGAUUGAUGAGAGACGUUCACAGUCGCCAAUGAAAACCAAUCCAGCUGGGUUGAGGAAGAGCAUGUCUCCAGAGACGGAAAUACAGACUUUCCCAAGGCGAAGCAUCACGCCAGAGGAGCAGGCCAGGAAGAAAGCGUCACUUGAGUAUGAGGUUGAUCUUGGCAGUCAAUCUCCAGAGAUGAUUGAUAACAGUCCAUCCCCAAGGCAUGUGCUUGAUAGUGAAACUGUGCUCGUCGCUGGUAGGGUGGUUGUUCCAGGGAGUAGAGCAUCACCAGGGAGGAGUAUUCCUGUGAGAAGUACUUCAUCAGCAGAGAAAGCAGUUUCUUCACAAAGAAGUGUUUCACCAGAAAAGAAGAUUCCAGUGAGGAAGACUCCGUCUCCAGAAAAAGUAGUUCCAUCACGACGUAGUGCAUCGCCUGAAAAGGUGAUGUCAACGAGGAGUAAUACGUCUCCUGAGAAGGUACCAGAAUUGGGGAGAAAAAGUGUCUCACCACCAAGAGUUACACCGUCAAAAUUACCAGAACCGGUAAUGAUUACCAUGUCACCACAGAAAUUACCGGAGCCAAUCAGAAGGAGCAUAUCCCCGGAAGAGCCGACUGUCCCGAGGGAGAAGAGGAGCUUUGAGAAUGAGAUUACGGUCAUGGCUUCAACAACGCGGUCAUCGCCUGAGAAAACUCUAGAAAUAAAGGCUACUAGGGAUAAUUAUAGACCUUCGCUUGACCUGAAAAUGGCUCCUCCUAGUGGCCGGAGUAAAACUAGUGCCCCCGAGAGGUAUAUUUUCCCAGAAAACGAACUUUGGGUGAAUAGAAAACCAGUAAGUUUUGUCAAGCCUCCGCCAGUACCUGCAAAACCAGCUAAGAGGUCGGGAAUACCUGAGAAAACACAGUCACGUAGUACAGCGGAGAAAACCAAAGCUGGCUUAGCUUUAGAUGUGGGUAAAAAGGCCAACACGCCUGAGAACACUGGUCUGGUGUAUGCAGAGGUGAAGAAGAGUGCCAGUUCAGGUGAUGUGGGGAGGCGGGGCGAUAAGAGACGCACAUCCCUGGAAAAGAGGUCAAGUAUAGAUAAGAGGAGCCCAGAUUAUGGUGCAGCACAGCCUGGGAGGUCGUUAGAAAAGAGAUCUAGUUUCGGUAAGAGUACAGGAACCAAGUCGUUAGAGAAGCGUGCUAGUAUCGAUAAAAAGAGCCCAGAAAAUGCAACGGGACAGAAAGGUUCAGAUGUUCAGACAAAUUCAGCUACAAAGCGACAAAAGUCACCAGAUAAAAUGACAAAGAGUCGCACGGAUGGUCAGAAACGAGGAUCAGGGUCGUUUGGAAAGUUACCCGUUUUAUCAUCCAGCUCAGCUUCAGCAUCUGCAGUGAAGAGGAAAUCAUCUGAUAAAAAACGGACUUUAACCGGUGAUGUACCUACUUCAUCGUCACGGACUUCUUCAGAGUCAAAGGCAUCGAAGUCAUCAAGCUUGAAGCCAAGCAAACAUACAGCUGUCUAAGAGAUCUGCCAUGUUUACCAUUCUAAACACACCUUGAGUGUAAUGGAGCAUGUUUACCAUUCUAAACACACCUUGAGUGUAAUGGAGCAAUCUGUUCAAUGCAGUUACUCUUGUCUAUCAACAACAUGGAUAAUUGAGUUUCGAGCUUUGUAUAAAACAAGGUGCUGAUUUGGUACAUGGCGGGGUUUCUGAAAGAUGACAGAAGAAAUGCUCAGAAGGUUUGAUCUCUAGUUGUCCCCUACUCUUGUUGUGGUCGACUCAUUCUCUCUCUCACUCUCUUGAACUGAAUGCAUUUAUAGAUGAGUCUCUGUCCUGAUAGAAGUCAUAAUUCUCCUGUUGACAACAAUACAUCUCUUCCUGAUACCAAACUGGUCACCUAGGCAGUAUCGUCGUGUCGGAUGGUGAGUUGACUAGCAAGCAUAAUUCACCAAUAUUUACACUCAUAUGAUCUGUUCUCUCAAGUCAUUACCUUUUCUCAGUCCUGUCAACUGUUUCAAACAUUUCCCCACAUCCGAGUUCUGCAGAAAUAUUUCAUGUUGCCAAAUAGAUUUGUUGUCCCUCUGACUUGAAAUGUUGGCCCGGUGCCAGAAUGAUGUAGAUAGACUUUUAUAACUUAGUGUAAACCAUUAUUAUUGUGGAGUAUUUUCUAUAAAAAGUUGUAUGUAACCAGCUUUGAAGUUGUCAGUGACAUGAGGUAAAGCAGUCCAGUACAGUGUGUGGUCUCCUCAAUUCAUGGCCCUUUAAAGCUCCCUUUCAUGUUCAUUCUAAUGACACAUUCAGGGCUGAACAAUGUCUAGAUAGGUUAUCCAUUUAAGUGGCCUUCGGCAAUAAAGACAAAGAAGAGCACAUUUUGGGCGGUUGGUCAAAUAGCAAGGGUAGGAAGGCAUCUUUGCUUAUGUCUAGCCCUGAAUGUUCUCUCUGUCAAUACUCUGCCCACCAAACUCCCAUUGGCACCUCUCACAUGUUUUACAUGUACAUUACAUAGUGCAUUUCAUAUGUUUGUAUACUACCAACAAUCUCUUCUACUAUUUUCUGCCAUAGGUUUAGGAUGUGGCGUCUUUUUGCUGUUUUCAAUGCUCCGUCACUAACCCGCUUGCUUGCCACGCUAUAAACUUAAAUAAUGCUUGUAUAUCAAUAUUUUUUUACUGAAAACUCAACUAAUUUAUGGGUGUUCAUGUUUGCGUAAAUUAUUUAUGUAUAAUGUAUUUCCUUGAGUGCGAAAAGCCUAGCUUUGCUCUCUUGGCUUUUAUAAUCCAUCUCUGGCUCAUCAAUACCAGAGCUCAACAAAUACAAGUAUCGUAUGGUAUAUGUAAAUUGUAUCUUGAACUUGGCCCAAGUUUGUCAAUCUUACAAACAUGUGUUCAAAGCACAGAGCUGGUUUAUUUCCAUUUAAAUGAUUGUGUAAAUUCAACUGGUGAUUGUGUGGCUGUUAAGGUCAUUUGCAUGGAUUCCGUGAUACUGUACAUUAGAACUUUCAGUGUUAUACAGUAAGUUAUGACGGGUUAUAUGACUAAUCUAGCAUUUGUCUAGAUGGCUGAUUUCAUGACAAGUAAACUCUCUUGGUCUAGUUUCUCUUGGAACUUUCUCUUUACAAUCAAAUUCAAAUAAUCAUAAAGUCACCAAGACACUUGUGGCUGUGAAAGUGGCAAGAUUUUGUGGUUGUCUCUUUGCCUUGAAGCCUCAGGCUAUUGUAGGCCCCGAGGUAGUGCUCCUUGAAGCCUCAGGCCUGUAGCCUGUAGGCCCCGAGGUAGUGCUCCUUGAAGCCUCAGGCCUGUAGCCUGUAGGCCCUGAGGUAGUGCUCCUUGAAGCCUCCGGCCUGUAGCCUGUAGGCCCCGAGGUACUGCUCCUUAAUUCCUUUACUUCUCAUGAAACAGUUACAGUCUUUUUGUAUAAAACCAAUAAUUUAUGUUAGUAAUGUUUGUGUUGCGAAGUCUUUAGGUGCUGUUAUAACUCGUCAACUUGUGAUGAUCAACAUGUGAUCGUCAUCCAUCACUUUCUCUCAACGUCAGCAUAUAAAACUCCAUUGUAUUUUGUCGGUUAUUACUCAGUGUUUUAAUUCUCAACUCAGACAUCAACUAUGAACUCUUGUGCUUAGUGUAAAUCAGAAACCUGGUGCAAGUAAUCAGUGAUACUGAUCUCAUCUUCAUAUUCUUCUCUUGGUGGCAAUACUGGUAUCUAUCAUGAUGUCAGCCACUCUCAGUGGAUGUGAUGGUUAACCUAGUUGGCUCUUGACUGAUGCCACGGUUUAUACCUGUACAGGUAUCUAUCAUGAUGUCAGCCACUCUCAGUGGAUGUGAUGGUUAACCUAGUUGGCUCUUGACUGAUGCCACGGUUUAUACCUGUACAGGUAUCUAUCAUGAUGUCAGCCACUCUCAGUGGAUGUGAUGGUUAACCUAGUUGGCUCUUGACUGAUGCCAUGGUUUAUACCUGUACAGGUAUCUAUCAUGAUGUCAGCCACUCUCAGUGAUGUGAUGGUUAACCUAGUUGGCUCUUGACUGAUGCCACGGUUUAUACCUGUACAGGUAUCUAUCAUGAUGUCAGCCACUCUCAGUGAUGUGAUGGUUAACCUAGUUGGCUCUUGACUGAUGCCAUGGUUUAUACCUGUACAGGUAUCUAUCAUGAUGUCAGCCACUCUCAGUGAUGUGAUGGUUAACCUAGUUGGCUCUUGACUGAUGCCAUGGUUUAUACCUGUACAGGUAUCUAUCAUGAUGUCAGCCACUCUCAGUGAUGUGAUGGUUAACCUAGUUGGCUCUUGACUGAUGCCAUGGUUUAUACCUGUACAGGUAUCUAUCAUGAUGUCAGCCACUCUCAGUAGAUGUGAUGGUUAACCUAGUUGGCUCUUGACUGAUGCCAUGGUUUAUACCUGUACAGGUAUCUAUCAUGAUGUCAGCCACUCUCAGUGGAUGUGAUGGUUAACCUAGUUGGCUCUUGACUGAUGCCAUGGUUUAUACCUGUACAGGUAUCUAUCAUGAUGUCAGCCACUCUCAGUGAUGUGAUGGUUAACCUAGUUGGCUCUUGACUGAUGCCAUGGUUUAUACCUGUACAGGUAUCUAUCAUGAUGUCAGCCACUCUCAGUGGAUGUGAUGGUUAACCUAGUUGGCUCUUGACUGAUGCCAUGGUUUAUACCUGUACAGGUAUCUAUCAUGAUGUCAGCCACUCUCAGUGGAUGUGAUGGUUAACCUAGUUGGCUCUUGACUGAGCCACGGUUUAUAC